AUGGCUCGGAGGAAAGACACCGGUCCUCCAGAUGUCAUUGAACCUCGCACUCUGAGGUCUCGGUCAAAGCCCGACAAGGUCGCUUCAGAAGCUCUCCCUCCUCUACCUCGCAGGGCGAGCGCAAAGAAGCGUGCUUCCCUGGCAGUCGGUGAUAUCCAUGUAUCUCAUGAUGAGGAUGAGAGUCAGGUUCCACCCAAACCGAGGCCUAAGCCAAAACUGCAGGGGAAGGGGAAGAAGCGCGCCCGGUGCAAGGCACCAGCUGGCAACGUUGAUGCUGACGAGCAUGACGCUGCUGAUGAGCAUGACGCUGCUGACGAGCAUGACGCCGCUGACGAGGAUGUUCCCACGGAUGUGUCGAAUAAUCGGAAGCAACCUCUGAGGAAGAGCACCAUCCAAAUGACACAUUCAACAGUAGAAGAGGUCAACAGUGACGAUCUGGAGGAUGUUGCACUGCCUCGGUCGAAGAGGACUCGACGUGAUCCGGUGACAGAUAUGGCGCCGCCACUCGUGCCGCUGCCAUCUGAGGGAAUGGAGGAGCAUGCCGACAGCGAUGUACCCGUUGGUAGCGUGAACCCAGGCGUUGACAUGCCAGCCAUCCUCAGCGACGAUAAUGAGGAAGAUGCACCCGGUGACGACGAGCUAGGCGUAGAGUUCGAUGUCAUCAUGCACGAAGACACGGCUGCCGUUACUGAUGUCAUGGGAAUCGACACUUCCACUGAUGGCGAUGUUCGCCAGGUGCUCGAUCGGGAGGGCAACAACGUCGGACAGGAGCGACGUUCAGAAAGUUGUAACGAGGAGCACGACGAGUUGGACCCUUCAGGGAGUGACUACGCUAAGACUAGGGAUCAGGAGAUGCUUCGGCGCAGCAAGAGCCUCAGACGUUGUGCUGACAAUGUCGAUACGGAGACAGAAGACGACGAGGAUGAUGCAGAAUUGCAAGAUGAGGUGACCUCUGACCCGGCCGUGUCCAUGCAUCGACCAAAGAUGAGCAGUAACAUCCAGAAGAGGGGAAAGGACCGUGCCACAUCACCUCAGGCUGACGACAGUGAAGUGCGUGCAGCAGACAAUUGGCUAAAGACUCCGGGACCGUUGUCGAAGGAGGCCAGAGAGCAAGCCGCUGAGCUUGGGGAGAACAUCUUGAAGAUGGCGGCGAAUAUUGGUCGCAAGUAUGGGAAGAGUACUCGCGAUAUUCUUGUGCAUGCCGGUCUCAGUUUCAAACCCUCUCGCGCCGCGAACCCCACCAACAUAUACCGUCAUUGGUACUCUCGGAAGCAUCCAAAGAUGAAGGACGUCAGCUCCGCAGAUUACUUGAAGAUGAUCAACGUAGCUUACAAGAAGCUGUUCAAGAAUGUUGACCCUGACGACGAGGAUGGACGGAAGGCGGUCAUUAAGUCGAUCCAUGUCAUGUGCGAUGAUCGCGAGUUCGACGAUGCAAAUGUCGGGCCGACCUCUAUGAAGUCUAUCACAGCACGGAUGAUGAGUGCGAAGGACCAGUUCACGGAUUUGGCAGCUUCAUAUCGGAAUCUUGCUGACAUGGAAGUCGUCGGGGCCAUCCUCUAUGUCGGAACUGAUACCGCAGGACGUCAAACGUCUGCGAUCUUCGGUGGUUCGCCGGCCGUGAAGAAGCUCGUCGAAGAUAAUGGACUUGAUGUUCACACGUUCCUCGACUUCCUCACUACGAGCUUGAAGUCAUCUCACUUUAGCUUGGAGGGCUUCAACUUGCCAACGAAGUUUGGCCAUAGCAUCGUUGUCGAGGCGAAGGUUAAGGAGAAUCCUCAUGAUCGCUAUCAGCAUAUCUUCACUGGCAUGAUGCAAGAGACUCUGCAACAAUAUGAUCCCACCGUUGUACGCGUCCACUGGAUGAAUUGGUUGAAAAUCGCAUCAUGA